AUCACCUUCCCAUGGAUGGAGGCUUCUUCAAAGAAUGAUAUUUUAAAAGUCUGUAGAAAGGAAUAUGAGGAGGUUGGCCAAUAUGUGUUGAAGGAGAACGGGAGAGGAAAGAAUGCUCUCUUUAGUUGUAUUAACAGAAAUGAAAUGGGAUCAAUCUGUUGCAGUUAUGCAGGUCAUCAUACAAACUGUCGAGAAUAUUGUCAAGCAAUUUUUCGGACAGACUCUUCUCCUGGUCCUUCACAAAUAAAAGCAGUUGAAAAUUACUGUGCAUCAAUUAGCCCUCAGCUAAUACACUGUGUGAACAACUAUACGCAAUCCUAUCCAAUGAGAAAUCCUACAGAUAGUUUGUAUUGCUGUGAUAGAGCAGAAGACUAUGCAUGUCAGACUGCUUGUAAAAGAAUUCUAAUGUCAAUGAAAACAGAGCUUGAAAUUGUUGAUGGACUUAUAGAAGGCUGCAAAACGAUGCCUCUUCCUCAGGAUCCACUUUGGCAAUGUUUUCUUGAGAGUUCAAGGUCUGUUCACCCAGGAGUCACUGUGCAUCCUCCACCUUCAACAGGCCUCGAUGGAGCAAAACUUCAUUGCUGUUCUAAAGCAAACUCUUCCACAUGUAGGGAGCUCUGUACUAAGCUUUAUAGCACGAGCUGGGGCAGUUCACAGAGUUGGCAAGAAUUUGAUCGCUUUUGUGAGUAUAAUGCAGUUGAAGUUUCCAUGUUGACCUGUUUAGCAGAUGUACGAGAACCUUGUCAGCUGGGCUGUAGAAAUCUUUCUUACUGCACUAAUUUUAAUAACAGACCAACAGAACUUUUUAGAAGCUGCAAUUCACAAUCAGACCAAGGAGCCAUGAAUGACAUGAAGCUUUGGGAAAAAGGGAGUAUUAAGAUGCCAUUUAUAAAUAUUCCUGUUCUUGAUAUUAAUAAAUGCCAACCAGAAAUGUGGAAGGCAAUUGCCUGCUCACUGCAGAUUAAACCUUGCCACAGCAAAUCCAGAGGAAGUAUUAUCUGCAAAUCAGAUUGUGUGGAAAUACUAAAGAAAUGUGGAGAUCAUAACAAAUUCCCUGAAGGCCACUCAGCUGAAAGUAUUUGUGAGCUCUUAUCUCCAACAGAUGACUUGGAGAACUGCAUUCCUUUGGAUACGUACCUGAGUCCAAGUUCUUUAGGAAACAUUGUAGAAGAUGUUACUCAUCCAUGUAAUCCAAAUCCAUGUGCAGCUAAUCAGUUGUGUGAAGUAAAUAGAAAAGGAUGUCAGUCUGGAGAACUGUGUCUUCCAUAUCUGUGUGUACCAGGCUGCAAACUGGGAGAAGCUUCGGAUUUUAUUGUCCGUCAAGGUACACUUAUUCAGGUUCCAUCCUCAGCUGGUGAUGUUGGUUGUUACAAGAUUUGUACCUGUGGACACACUGGAUUGCUAGAAAACUGUGUAGAAAUGCAUUGUGUUGACCUCCAAAAAUCAUGCAUUGUUGGUGGACAAAAAAAAGUAAGCCAUGGAACAUCUUUUAAUAUAGACUGCAAUGUCUGUUCAUGUUUUGCUGGAAACUUGAUAUGUUCCACACGUCAGUGCUUAACUGAGCACAGUUCAGAAGAUGAACGUCGGAAGUUUACAGGUUUGCCAUGUAACUGUGUAGAUCAGUUUGUACCAGUAUGUGGUCAAAAUGGGCGCACGUAUCCAAGUGCUUGUAUAGCUCGGUGUGUUGGUCUCCAAGACAAUCAAUUUGAAUUUGGAUCAUGUAUUUCCAAGGAUCCUUGUAACCCUAACCCUUGUAGUAAAAAUCAAAGAUGCAUUCCAAAGAAACAAGUUUGCUUGACCAGUUUUGGAAAGUUUGAAUGUAGCCAACAUGAAUGUGUGCCAAGGCAAUUAAAUUGUGACCAGACACAGGAUCCUGUUUGUGACACAGAUGGCGUGGAAUACAGUAAUGUGUGUACUUUGUACCAAAAAGGAAAAAAUCUAGCGUAUCGAGGACCGUGCCAGCCAUUCUGCAAAUCAGUAGAACCUGUGUGUGGACAUAAUGGGGAAACCUACAGCAGUGUGUGUGCUGCCUAUUCUGACCGUGUGGCUGUUGACUAUUACGGACCCUGUCAGGCUGUAGGUGUUCUCUCAGACUAUGGUUUUCACACAGAGUGUGCCUUUGUUAAAUGUCCUCAGCUUUCUGCUGCUGGCUGCAGACCAGUCAUUGCACCAGGAGCUUGCUGUCCACUGUGCGCUGGAAUGCUGAGAAUAUUAUAUGACAAAGAUAAGCUGGAUAACUUUGCAAGGGUAACAAAUAAAAAGCCUAUAACUGUACUUGACAUACUUGAAAAGCUCCGCCUGCAUAUUUCCGUGCCACAGUGUGAUGUGUUUGGAUAUUUAAGCAUAGAAUCUGAAAUUGUGAUUCUCAUCAUUCCUGUGGAUCAGAAACCCAAACCAUUGCAGAUUGAAGCCUGCAAUAAAGAAGCAGAAAAGAUAGAGUCAUUGAUCAAUUCAGACAGUCCAACAUUAGCAUCACACGUACCUCUGUCAGCCCUAAUUGCAUCUCAAGUACAAGUUUCAUUUAGUAUCUCUUCUCCUUCUGUUAAAGUGGGGCCUGUAUUGCACUGCCUGUUCAUCAGUUUUUCAUUUACCUUGCUAAAAUUAAUGUAUUACAUAUAGCUACAAAGCAAACAUACACAAGUAUCAAAGUGUUUUACAUUGUGGAGAACAUUGAGAAUUGUUGAUCACUGAACCGGAAAACAAAAACUGUAGAAGACUUGCUGUACUGGUAUUUCUCACCGAAGAAUGAAGGGUAUGUGGAAUAAGCUGAAAUGUGAUUCUUUUAUUCCUUACUACCAAAGUGUUUCAGCACAAUUAGAUCAUUUUCCAUUGACUUUGUAACACAAACGUACAUUGGAAGGUUCUGACUUUAUGGAUCUCUCUCUGUGCGAAGGUUCUCAGUGUUCUUUUCAGCAGUGAACAAAGUGUUUUGAGUUUAUUGAAAAAUGUUAACUUUGUAUUAUUCAGACGAAUAUCAGUGACUACAAAAUGUACGUGCCUGUCCUAAGCAUCAUUUUUUGAAGAAACAAAUUGCUGCUACUUCAUUACCUUACCAAAAAUACGAGUUUAUUCUCAUGUAAAUACACAUUCAUAUUUUAUUAUGAAGGAGACUAACUAAUUCUGAGCCUAUUUCGAUAGACAUCUUUACUUGGACUAGUGAAGAUUCAUGGGACGUUGGGCUCAGUGCUUUUGAAAUGACAAUCAAGCUCUAUACCUGAAGUACCUGAAGAAAUGAAGAAAUGUGUUCUUUUUAUAGUUUUGUAUAUUUCAGAAUCUGGUAUUAGAUGCAAAUUUAUAAAGAAUCUCAUUAUCUAUAUUUAAGUGCCAUUUAAAAUAUUGCAGUAUUUGCAUGUUAUCUAAUGAAAAUUAUACUUUAAAUAUGUUUAAAUGUUUACACAGUGUUUUAUUUCUUAUUGUAUUCUAUGCACCUGACCUUACUCUGCAUGAAGUAUUUUAUAUCAGUAUUAUGAUAACCAACUUUUGAAGUAUUUACAGAUUUUUUUGCCAAAAUGCUGAACUUUGAAAGCACUGAAAACUUUUUGAACAUAUAUGUUAUUGUAGCAUGUCUGUAGCAAAUAUUUUAUGCUAAAUCUUAUAAAUUUAAAAGUAUUAAAGCUUUUUUAUCUUAAUAAAAUUGUCAUUUGUCCUUA